GAAGUUUUGAGAUGCAUUUGAUUUGAAAAAAAGAAAAGGGUGAAACACGGGUAAAACAGCGAAGCACGCGCAGAUUAAAAAUUGAAUUGCGAGAGAGAAUACGAGGCGGAAGAAUACUAAGAUGGAAGGCAAAGAAAAAGGUGCGAAGAGAGAAGCCAAAAAGCAGGGAUUGAUGGUGAAAAAGUUGAAACGCCGUAUGUUGGUAGGGAAAAGAGGAGGCCCUUGUACUCCACCACCCACAUGGAGGCUUGAGCUUUCAUCUCACGAGAAUGAUGACACCUGUACUAGUAACAUACAAGAAUUCCUCACCUUUCCCAAUAACACUGCAACAGUCUCAGCCAGAAAGCUCGGUGCAAACCUCUGGGACUGGGAGAUACAGCCCCAUCAACACGUCCCACUCAGGCUUGCUAAACUGAGUAAGGGUGUUGCUAGGCCCCGUCACCACCACCACAGGCACAAGGGGUUUGAGGUUUCCCAACACUUGGUUGACCCUCCUGAUAGCCCCCCUUACUCGCCAGCUAGUGCAACUCGGUUGAGGAGGCAUGUUGCAGCUUCUCCUGUACGACAGCAUCGAUCACUUCAAAGGAACCAUUGUGCCCUGCAGCCUUUAUCUUCUGCAAGUUAUGGUAGCUCGUUGGAGGUGGCAUGUUAUAGCCCUGCUGUCACUCCCACAAGUUCUUUGGACUUGAAGGCUAGAAUGGUUGAAUCAAGUUACGGCCUUAAAACAUCCACACCGUUACUGAAGGUGCUCAAUCGGAUCUGGAGUCUUGAAGAAGAAAAAAUAUCCAAUAUAUCGUUGGUAAAAGCAUUGAAAACGGAACUAUGUCGCUCGCAGGCUAGAAUUAGAGAAUUGCUAGAAGAGAAGCAAUCAGAUAGGCAUGAAAUGGAUGACCUGAUGAAUCAAGUUACUGAGGAUAACCUUGUUAGGAAGAAUAAGGAGCAAGAUCGAAUUAAAGCUGCAGUGGGAUCUAUCAGGAAUGAGCUAGAAGGUGAGAAGAAGUUAAGAAAGCACUCAGAAAGCCUGCACCGAAAGCUAACUCGAGAGCUUUCUGAAUUGAAAUCAUCUUUUUCAAAUGCUUUGAAAGAACUUGAAAGAGAGAGAAAUGGACGGCUUCUCUUGGAAAACUUGUGUGACGAGUUUGCUGAAGGAAUAAGAGAUUAUGACCAAGAAGUCCGGUCUUUAAAGCACAAGACUGACAAGGAUGGGGUUGGUAGGGAAAACACUGACAGGUUAAUUCUCCAUAUUUCAGAAGCAUGGCUUGAUGAACGGAUGCAAAUGAAAUUGGUGGAAGCUCAAAAUGAUCUUGCAGAAAAGAAUACAAUCCUGGACAAGUUAGGGUUUGAUAUAGAAACUUUUCUUCAAGCUAAACAGUCCACUGAAUCAAGGAAAAAUAGUAACUUGUCACCCCAGGAGCUAAAGAAUGUGGGUCGGCUUUCGCGAGAAUCCUUUCCUUUGAAUGAGACUGUUAGUGCACCUCAAAGUGCAGCUGAUGAAAAUUCCUCUACGAAUGGUGAUUCAUGUUGCUUUGAACUAAACAAGAGUACUGGUGGGAAACGAAGCAAAGGCAGCUCCAAACAGAAGGAUAAUAAUGCUGCAGAGAGCGAUCACAAAGAGAUUUUGAAAUCAAGUUCGCUUAGAAAAAAGGUAGGAUUAUGGGAAAUCAAUGAAGUCUGUAACUCAUCUUGUUUGCACGGUCAGUUUGAAGAACAUAAGAUGAAGGCCAUGCCAUGUAAUGGUAGCAGGAGCCAGUUAGCAGUGAGGCAACAGGGUGAGAUGCGAGGAGAGCAAGAUGUUAUAAACUAUCUUGAGAAAUCUGUAACGCGUGGGGCUACACAGGAAGAUCUACAAGAAGGAUGCAGCAGACGAGUUGGAACCAGUGGACUGAAGUCAAGUCAUGUGCUUAAUAACUCGAUUCGAAGUCAUUCCUUGUCAUUGGAAGGUCAAAGUAAUUGCAGAGAAGAUUCUUGGUUUCAGUCUGUAUUAACAGAUAAUGCAACUCCAGCACAACAAUGGAUGUCAAAAUUAAUGACUCCAGAUCCUGGAAAAUGUGAAUCUUCUCUGAGAUGGACGCAGGGCUUGAAGGAGAAUACAUUGAUGGCAAAACUACUUGAAGCAAGGUUAGAGGGACAGCACUCUCGCUUAAAAUCUUCCAGAGGUUCAUUUUAAAUUCAACAUGAUAAUGGUAGAUUUGCCUGUGGAAAGAAGUAAUUGAUUGAGCAGUGCACUGCUUUGUGAAUAUCGUGCCUAGAUAGGUCCUCUUCCUAAAACGAGUAUUUGUAGUAAAGCAAUGUAUCAGGGUAAAAGGUGGCAUCCUUAUUAUAGUCUUGCUAUAAUAGAGAUAAUGGUGUACAUCAGUACAUGGAUCAAAACUACUAGGACAAUGCUGCCAACCAAGUCUUGUUUAAAAUCAACUCGACCUAUUUUUGCUGUG